AUGGGGUUUUAUGAAUGCUUCCUUACGGAUGUUCCUAAAUACAUUAUUGGCCUUUUCAUUCCCAUGCCAGUGCUCUAUGGGGUCUUCCUCUAUAUGGGAGUAGCAUCUUUAAAUGGAGUGCAAUUCAUGGAUCGCUUGAAGCUGUUUCUGAUGCCAGCAAAACACCAACCAGAUCUGAUCUAUUUGCGCCACGUCCCCCUCCGCAGAGUUCACUUGUUCACCUUCAUCCAGAUCCUUUGUCUCACCCUGCUUUGGAUCCUGAAAUCCACUGUGGCAGCCAUAAUCUUCCCAGUCAUGAUUUUGGCCCUGGUGGCUGUGAGGAAGGCAAUGGAUUACAUUUUCUCUCAGCACGAUCUCAGCUAUCUGGAUGAUGUUAUGCCAGAAAUGGACAAGAAGAAGAAAGAGGAUGAAAAAAAGAAGAAAAAGAAAGGUAGCAUUGACAGUGAUAUAAACUAUUCAGACUGUCCAGCCAAUGAAAAUAUUCCCAGUAUAAAGCUAUCCAUGGAGACGAUGGCGGAGGAGCAAAUGAGGGGAGAGAAACCCUCAGAGAGUGAGUAG